AAAAGCAAACAAGAUGAGUGGUCGCGGUAAGGGAGGCAAAGGACUCGGUAAAGGAGGCGCUAAGCGUCACCGUAAAGUUCUCCGUGAUAACAUCCAGGGAAUCACCAAACCCGCCAUCCGCCGUCUGGCUCGCCGCGGCGGUGUGAAGCGUAUCUCCGGUCUCAUCUACGAGGAGACCCGCGGGGUGCUCAAGGUCUUCCUGGAGAACGUCAUCCGUGACGCCGUCACCUACACCGAGCACGCCAAGAGGAAGACGGUCACCGCCAUGGAUGUGGUGUACGCUCUCAAGAGGCAGGGCCGCACUCUGUACGGCUUCGGAGGUCUCAGUAAAUCAGCAAUCGUAGCCAGGAAGGGCGCCAAGAAAGCGGCGAGCAAGUCGACCGGCAAGAAGGACAGAAAGAGGAGAAGGCCCAGGAGGGAGAGCUACGCCAUCUACGUGUACAAGGUGCUUAAGCAGGUCCACCCCGACACCGGCAUCUCCUCCAAGGCCAUGGGCAUCAUGAACUCGUUUGUCAGCGACAUCUUUGAGCGCAUCGCCGGUGAGGCCUCCCGUCUGGCUCACUACAACAAGCGCUCCACCAUCACUUCCAGGGAGAUCCAGACCGCCGUCCGCUUGCUGCUGCCCGGUGAGCUGGCCAAGCACGCCGUGUCUGAGGGCACCAAGGCCGUCACCAAGUACACCAGCUCUAACCUGUACCAGAUGGCAAGAACCAAGCAGACCGCCCGUAAGUCCACCGGAGGCAAAGCCCCCAGGAAGCAGCUGGCCACCAAGGCUGCCCGUAAGAGCGCGCCGGCCACCGGCGGCGUGAAGAAGCCUCACCGUUACAGGCCCGGUACCGUGGCUCUGAGAGAGAUCCGCCGCUACCAGAAGUCCACCGAGCUGCUGAUCCGCAAGCUGCCCUUCCAGCGCCUGGUCAGGGAGAUCGCUCAGGACUUCAAGACCGACCUGCGCUUCCAGAGCUCCGCCGUCAUGGCUCUGCAGGAGUCCAGCGAGGCUUACCUUGUGGGUCUCUUCGAGGACACCAAUCUGUGCGCCAUCCACGCUAAGUGGGUCACCAUUAUGCCCAAAGACAUCCAGCUGGCCCGCAGGAUCCGCGGAGAGAGGGCUUAAACUCACCCGACUACACUCAACAACGGCUCUUUUAAGAGCCACCUUACUCUCAGCUCAAGAGCUCCUUCCUGCUGAUGACACGUUUAAUAUCACUGACAGAUCAAUAAUAUUUUUCUAUAAAGGGUUUCUCAUCGUGUAAUCUAAACAAAUACAUUUGUGAAUCUCAUUUUAAUACAUAAUAGGCUUUUACUUUGUCUACACUUUGUCUGAUUUGCAUUAAUCAGGAAAAAACAUCAAAUAUUGUAGCAAAUUAUUAUAAAUUUUAUUUAUGUACCACAUCGUACUCUUUAGUUUUUCUUGUGUGAAAUUAAUAUUUCUUAGUUUAAAACGAAUAUUUUGCACUAUAUUAGUUAUCCAUUCAUAAUGGCUCAUGUAAUCAAAUUAUAACUGAGUCACAUAAUGAAGUGACAUUGGGAUUAGAGGUUCUUAUUUAUACCCACUUUGGAAACAUUUUCCAGUACUUUAUACUUUUUUAUGACAUUAGUUGUGAUUUUGCAGAUGAAGAUUUAUAUAAUAAAUGUUUUGAUCUUUGAAAAUGGGAUAAGUGAGUGAGUGACUGAAAGAUUUUCUUUAUUGUCUUCUUUUUUGGCCUUCUGGCACCUUAAAAAAGUUAUGUCUCAACUCUGUGAGAGACAUUUCUCCAGAAACAUCUCUGAUGGUUUGAUGUGGACAUCACUUAUGACAGAUCGGUAUUAUUGUAGGUGUCAAUGCAUUUAUUCCAUGUAAUAUUAUACAAACGAUAUAAUUACACCUAUCAUUGUAUGAAAUAUGUGCACUUCAGUCCGGUGAUUUGGUUGGCAUUUCGGUAAUGAAUAAAAACGUUUUGGGAGUGAA